AUGAAGUUGAUCUUCGACGUCUCGGCAAUCGAGCAGCAGCCGAGCUUGCCGCCACAAUUUCUAUGGCCAGGUCAGGACGACCAGGAGAUAUUCCAGGAGGAGCUCCGGCAGCCGCCGGUGGUGGACCUCCGGGGUUUCUUCAAUGGCGAUCAGGCGGCGACACAGUUGGCCGUCUCCCAAAUCAGGGCGGCCUGCCUGAGCCAAGGGUUCUUCCAAAUCAGCAAUCAUGGCGUGGAUCCAGGCCUGAUUCAGUCAGUGUACGAUCACAUGGAUACCUUCUUCAGUCUCCCGAUGAGCAGGAAAAUGGCGGCGCUGAGAAAGCCCGGCGGCCUCUGCGGCUACUCCGGCGCCCAUUCGCAGAGGUUCUCCGCCAUGCUUCCAUGGAAGGAGACCUUCUCCUUUUGCUACAGCCAUGCACAUGAUAGUGGCGAUGUCGUCCAUUAUGUUAAAUCCUCCAUUGGCCAAGAUUUUCAUGAAGCAGGGUUUGCAUUUGCCAAAUACUGCAAAGAGAUGAAGCGAUUGUCCCUAUCAAUAAUGGAGCUGUUGGCAAUGAGUUUGGGGGUGGAGAGGUUUCAUUACAGAAAAUAUUUCGAAGAUGGAUAUUCCAUAAUGAGGGGCAACAAUUAUCCACCAUGUAAAGCCAAAGGAGCUUCUGGUCUCACCUUGGGGACAGGCCCUCAUACUGAUCCAAAUUCUUUAACCAUUCUUCACCAGGAUCAGGUCGGGGGCCUCCAGAUCUUGUCUGAUUCCGACAACAUAAAAUACUGGCGAACUGUGCAACCUCGCCCCGACACCUUCGUUGUGAAUAUCUGCGACACAUUCAUGGCAUUGUGCAAUGGGAAGUACAAGAGCUGUGUGCACCGAGCAGUGGUGAACAAGGAGAGGGUGAGGAGAUCAGUGGUGUUCUUUGUGAAUCCGAGAGAGGACAAACUGGUGAAGCCCCCGCCAGAUCUGCUGCAGAAUAAUAUUAUCAUUCACCAUGAACAAGAUGAUGAAGAUGAAAGAUGUAAUGAUUUGGGGGAAGUUAGAAGAAAGUAUGGAGACUUCACAUGGUCCCAACUCAGAGAAUUCACUCAGAACCAUUACAGGGCUGACACUGCUACCCUCCCCAACUUUCUGCAUUGGCUCUCUACCUCUACCUCUACCUCUACCUCUACUAAUUAA